CACAUUUUAAAUGUCACAGAAUCGUUAAAAUGUUUUUUCGACCCAAUCCAAAAAAAAUUAAAUAUGAAAUUUUACCAGUCCAAGCCAAGAAGCAGGACCAAGGGGCCCUCAUACGUGAAGGUUUUUCUCUAGAUGCGGUGAAUCUCUACAUAAAUAAUUUUAUUAAGCCUGACGCUGACUCCACCAAAAGAAAAUUAAACUUCCAAGAGGAAGGUAAGUGCAAAAGUUGGGAUGUUUUGACCACAAAAAUGCACCGACAAAAAUGGCAAAGCUCACAUUUUCAAGAAAGUAAUUUUAAAGAAAAUGAAGCGCGAAAACUGGCGACUUUUAAAAGGCUGAAAAGAAAAUUAGAAACUAUUAGAAAUUUCUACCCUGAUAUUUAUUACAGCAAUCAAAGCGUUAUCGAUUUAUGGGCGAGACAUAACGAGUUGUAUCAAAUGGAUUUAGACGUUUUGGAAUAUGACAAGGAUUCACCCAUCUGGCUUUGGAUAUGAAAGCUCAUAAAAGCAUCAUUUAAUGUACGAAAGCUCACACAUAAACUAUGUCAGGAAGCUUUCUUUUUAUUAACAACUUGCUACUCCAAGCUUCUAGAAGCUUAUACAUGUUUUUGUGUAUGAUCUACCCUGUUAUGCAUAUUAUCCACCUUCACUUCUGUUCUUUAUAGGCUUAAUACCGCACUGGUAUAAUUUCAUAAAUAUAAAU